GAAGUCAGUUGUGAUAUCAAGAUCAAGACCAAGCCAAACAAUCAUCAGCUGUGUGUUCCCGCGCUCGUCCUGACCAGCCCCUUCAAACACCCAGAAGGAGAAGUGGUGGUUUGGUGUUGCUGCCGUGCAUGAGCUGCCUGUGCACGCCGGCCCGGUAAAGGGUAACAAGGAUUCUGAAAUCUUACCAAUGCAAGAAUGGAAACUCAAAGAACAAAAGUGGCCUCAUUAAAGAAGAAUCGUGAAAGAGUGUUGGUGGCAGUGAGACUUGAGGAGUCAUCAGUUGCAAGUGAGAGAAACACAGCAUCCAGCUCUCCACUUUUUGAUGACUUUGAUGAUGACUUGUGCUUUGAGCUGGAGGAGGUGGGCAAGGAGCUGGACCGCUACAAAGAAGAGGCAUCACACUCACCUGAUCUCGAUGAGGUCCUUCCUCCUGGUAUGAUGCCCAGAGAGGGCUCCCCCUCCUCCACCACCUCCGGUUCCUGGCUCACCACCCCAUCUCCACCCAUCUCCCCUUUCCCCGUCUGCAUGCAGGAGGACACCACCAAGCAGAGGCCUCUCGAGGCACACUCUCCCACCUGCAUAGGGGCCACUGAGUUGAGAGGAACUGGUGCCAGAGCAGACUUACAUGAAGCAGUUCAAGCAUCUACCACUACAGUUGGACACAUCAGCUCCUCAGCCGCUGAAAAGAGUGAAGAUGAGUAUGAUUGCCAGUUGAAGGCUCUCAACUCCCUGAGAGUAUCUUUGGUUGUCAAAGUGAAGAUGCUUGUCACCCACAAAAAAAAUCUUUCCUUACAAAAGGAUUUGCUCUUGGAGAACUUUGAUGGCGACAAGUCUAAACUUAUUGAAAAUCUGCUUGAAAAUGUAUCUCAGUCUAAACAAAUAGAUGGUCAUAUUCAAAGCCUUAAUAAACAAAUUUCAAUGACCAAUAAGAAAAUUGUUGAUUUAAAGAAGUCAGGAACAGUGAUGAAUGAUGAUACAGAAAAGGAGCAACAUUCAAAAGUGAAUAGAGCUUUACAUGACAAGGGUGAAAAGAUGAGUGAAUAUAGUAAAAUUAGCCUUCCAAACAGUGAGUGUGAGACAUCACCAGGAAAAGGGGUGAGGAAAACAUCUUUGGAGGGAAAAAGUGCUACACAAAACAGUAAAAGUGAUGUAAGAAACAACAUAUUUCACUUGGGUCAUGAGUUUAGUCUUCCAAAGUCAGUGAAGCUCAGUGAAGUGCAGGAAAACAGUGCUUGUGAGGUAAUGGAAAAACUCUCUGGUCAGUUGGCAAUUCAUCCUACCUCCAAGAACACACUAUGGUGCAACACUUGUAACCUGUUCUUUGUCAGCAUCAAGAGCUACCUCAAGCAUCUGGAGGCCUCGGAACACCUGGACAAAGUGAAGACAAUGGGUGAGAAAUCUCUGUACAAGCUGUUCAGUCACUCCACAUACAUGCCUGAGGAGAAGGACAAAGACAGCAUGCAGGAAGAAGCAUUUGGGGUUGAGUUCCUUUGCUCAGCCAAAGUGGUCUUCUGUAGCCUGUGUGAGUGCAUUUUGCUGACUAGAGAAGAGGCCGCCAGCCAUGCCCAGUCACUCCAACACACCACGAAGUACAAGGAAUACCUAUUAAAUAACACUGGCAAAGAAUUGGCCUUCCUCAAAGCCAAGAUGGGAGCCUUCACUGAGUACUGCAAGAGAAGAAAAGUCACAGCAAUGGACAACAAGGUGAGAGAAGAAAGCAAGAACAAAGACCAGUAUUAGAAAGACAAUCCCAAUCAGAGAAUAGACUCAUCCAAAAACAAAAAGGUUUAUGUCAACUCUUCACUUGGAAGGAGUAUUGUGGGAGGGAGCAAAAAGAAGACAGCUGAGCUUCCAGCCAUGAGCAAGCGACAAAAGAUGGACACUGACUCACAAGCCUGACCAUUGUUCUAUUUUCUUUACUACUAAGGGAGACAGUCUAACAGAAACUUUGGGUGAAGGAAACCAAAUGGAGUGGUUGCAGGCUAACAGGAACUGGGUGAAUGAAGCCAAAUUGAGUAGUUAACAGCGUGCAAAUUACCAAAAAUAAUAAAAUGGUUACUCAAUCAUCAGAAAAUUAUAA